AUGCAGGGCUUUGGCAAAGGGCAAACGCACGCCACAGCUGGAGGUGAGCAGUGCGUGUCCUCUGUACUGCAUCCCGAUUGUCCUUACAUCCACAUCUCUAAUCGUGCGCAUCCGUAAGGCGCCACACUCUGCACACUGCUCACUUGAGCACUGCUGCACAAUCUACGCACCCAGACGCCGCCGCCGCGAUCAGCGCUCUUAGCACACUAGAGCUGCACUCACCAGCUGCACGCACUCUAGCAACCCAGAGGCCGUCGCCGCGAUGCCUCCCGGACGACGACGACGCUGGACGCUAAUCGCAUUACUCGCAAAAACAACGGCCUUCAGCGACAUCAAGCGCGCGCGCGACCUCAAGCCGAUUAUACGAGAGGACAGCCCGUCGUCCGAUCCGGUCAUACAGUUCGUGCCCGGUGUGGAUGAGACGGUCAUCCCGGAAGUCUCGAUGACGCGCAGCGCCACUUCCCAAAGAGACGGCAAGUUUUUUACGGGUACGGCGACGUUCUGGUUUCCGAGAGCUGACGCGCUGUAUAGGGAGAUCACGCCGGACUCAUUAAUAGCGGGCAUGAGAUUGUGCGACGCCGAGGGGUGUAUGACGACAGAAGACGUGCGCGCCAAAUUCGUCAGAGGCAACCCGUCGGGCAUCUCGGCCGUGGUCUUACUCACAAACCCCGAUGAAUGGAACCGGUUCAUGCGCUUCAUGAAGAGGUAUAGUGACAAGAACGGCAUGGGGUUCACCGCGGCGGACGCUUCUUCUCCAUGA